ACUUCCCCACUUUCGGUCCGUACUCCGACAACGUCUCUUUAUUUUCAAAACCCUAGCGACAUCUCGAACCCCGAGUAUUCUCAUUCUCUCCGAAUUCUCUGUCUUCCCCGAGUUUAUCGCUCCGCUCCAAAUCCCUCCGUCGUCCAAUCGAUUUUGGUGGUGGAAAGAGCAAAUCGAUGGGUGAACUGAACAAUUCCGCCGCUCAUCGCAGGGUUAGCCCUCGGCUGCAGAACGUUCCGGCGGAGAAGCGGCCAUUUUACGGGAGUCCGAAACGGACGGCAGAUGAGUCCGAGAACGACGCAGUCAGGACCAAGAGGACCAAGGUUGCGAAACCCCCCAAACCGCCGGCGCAGAGUUCUAAGCCCGAAGCAGAACCGAGCAAGGGAAAAGUGAUACUGGAGAGCGGCGAGGGCAAGGAUUGUGUGGAUUGGAGUUGGUAUACCGGUGCUGAUUUGCCUUUGACUGAUGGGAACGGAGUGAGCUACACUGCUCGCGUGAGGGAGACACUCCGAGUUUUCAAUUUGCAUUACCUUCACUAUGUUCAGGAAGAGGAGAAAAGAUGCCGUAGGCCUGAGUUUGACAAACAUUUGCAAAAUGGGAGUCCUGUGAAGAGGCCUUCCAAAAAACCUCCCAAGGGGCCUUCGACGAGUCCUUCCAAGGAAUCUGAUAAGAAGAAGGAUGAUGAACCUAAGAAGCAGUCCAAGAGACCUGAUCUGAAGGCACUUUCUGAGAUGCUGAAGAAGAAUCAAAUUUUAUUCCCUGAAAAGAAAAUUGGUCAUCUUCCGGGUAUUGCUGUUGGGCAUCAAUUUUACUCUCGGGCUGAAAUGGUGGCCAUAGGGUUCCAUUCACACUGGUUAAGUGGAAUUGAUUGUGUGGGAGAAUCUAAAGGCAAGGAGAAAUUCCGAGGCUAUGAACUUCCGUUUGCCUUAACAGUUGUGGUUUCUGGCCAAUAUGAAGAUGAUGUUGAUAACUCAGACGAGGUUGUUUAUACUGGUCAAGGUGGAAAUGAUUUGCUUGGUAAUAAACAGCAAAUUGCAGAUCAAGUUAUGAAACGGGGUAAUUUGGCUCUUAAGAAUAAUAUGGAGCAGGGCAUUCCUGUUAGAGUCGUCCGUGGACAUGACUGCGUCAAUAGUUAUACUAGUAAGGUUUAUACGUAUGAUGGACUAUACAAGGUUAACAAUUAUUGGACGGAUAAGGGUGUUGCUGGAUUCACCGUGUUCAAGUAUCGUUUAAAGCGACUUCCAGGGCAAGAUAAUUUGUGCAGUAAACAGGUAAAUUUUGUUCGUGCGCGAGGGUCUAAAGUUCAAGCUGAAUUACCCGGGUUGGUAUGCAAGGACAUUAGUAAUGGUCAAGAAAAUAUUUGCAUUCCAGCUACCAAUGUCAUCGAUAAACCUCCUGUAGCGCCUGAAGGCCUUACAUAUACAAACUCUAUUAUAGUUGAAAAAGAUGUGAACAUUCCAACGAAUGCUCCUGGGUGCAGCUGCAAAGGAAACUGUACUAAUCCACUGACUUGCUCUUGUGCUCGACUGAAUGGCGACGAUUUUCCUUACGUUAGUAAGGAUGGUGGAAGAUUAAUUGAGGCAAAGGCUGUUGUGUUUGAGUGUGGUCCAAAUUGCGGCUGUGGACCGGGUUGUGUUAACCGUACAUCUCAGCGGGGAAUAAAGCAUCGACUUGAGGUAUUUCGUACAGAUUACAAAGGCUGGGGUGUUAGGUCGUGGGACUUUAUUCCUUCUGGUGCACCGGUAUGUGAAUACACCGGAGUUCUUAGGAAGACUGAUGAAGUUGACGGUCUCUUGGGGAACGAAUAUAUAUUUGAAAUUGAUUGCUGGCAUACAAUGCAUGGGAUUGGGUCAAGAGAGAAGCGAAUGUGCGAUGUCACUAUUCCAAAUGGUGACGCGGAGUCAGGAUUCAGCAAGCUAUCAGAAAGUGAGCCUGAGUUUUGCAUAGAUGCUGGUUCUCAUGGCAACGUUGCUAGAUACAUCAAUCAUAGUUGCGAGCCUAACCUCUUCGUACAGUGCGUUUUGAGCUCUCAUCGUGAUGUUAGACUCGCUAGAAUCGUGUUGUUCGCUGCGGAUAACAUACCUCCCUUGCAGGAACUUACAUAUGACUAUGGUUAUGAGCUUGACAGCGUUGUCGGUCUUGAUGGAAAAAUUAAGCGGCUAGCUUGUCACUGCGGUGCAGUUGGCUGUCGGAAGCGUUUGUACUAGGAGGAGGAAGCAAAAGUAAAGGGUUAAAUGAUUGUUUUCCCCCACCUUCAGGAAGCAAAAGUAAAGGGUUAAAUGAUUGUUUUCCCCCACCUCAGGAAGCAAAAGCAACGGGUUAAAUGAUGGUUUUGCAAUGUAUGCAUUUUUGUUGUACAAUGAAAUCAUUUGAAUGUCCAAUUUUUUGUUAUAUAA